AUGGGUUCCACAAUCCUGACAUUCGAAUGCAAGUACGCCCUCCGCAAGCAUACCAAGCCGUUGAACACGCUCAAACUGAGUAAGGACGCUCGGAUGUUAUUAAGUGGCGGGGAUGAUGGACAACUUUUUAUCUGGGAUGUGACAGAAGGGUCUCUGCACCAAGCAAUAUCGGUUGUUUUUAAUGGACCUGUCUGCGCGGCUAUCUGGACUCCCAUUUCCCCAGAAGGCCCAACCACUUCGUUCGCCUUCGGCUGUGCCGAUGGCCGAGCCUUUGUCUACCGACAAACUCAUGAAACCGGGUCUUACCGCCUCAGUUGCUCAAUACCUGCCCACGAUAACCGCAUUGAGGCCCUCGCGUUUGAUAUGAACCAUCAUCGCCUUGCAUCACAGCGGGGAACGGUACCGCAAAGCGUCAGUCAGAAGAUCGAACCGUGGUCUAAGGAAUGGAGCCAACAGCUCACUACGAGAAUGUACGACGCUACUUGCUCUUUGGACUUGGUCAUGCGGCCAUCGCCGAUUGGUGGUGAUGGCCGCACCUUAAUCGUCUCGAAUCUUGUCGAUGGGGUCGAUACGUACUCCAUACCCCCCCGGGAACCCUUACGCACCUUCUGUCAUCCCAUUAACCAAAACGUUCCACUGUUGGUCUCAGCGAUACCUGGCUCCUCACUAUUUGUUGUUGGAAGCGACGAUGGAUGCCCACGCCUGUAUGAUCAGCGCACAGGACACCUUUCCAACUAUUACAUCAUGGAAAAGGCUAUUUCUGGCGAAGGUGACUUUGUAAUUGCUACAGGCUCCUCCGGCGCUGAAGAUGUUCAGAUUAAAAUCUAG